UGGGAACAUCUGUCGCUUGUCAUUGCCGCCAAAGUCAAUGUCUUUGAAAAUUUUGCCUGUAAUCAUUAAAACAACAAACUCCUUAUUCAUUCCCUCAACAAAAUCUGCCUCUAAAAAGUUCAGUUUUUGAUCAAGUGUUAGACUUAAAUAGGUAACCAUGCCAGACCACUUAGGGGAUGAUAUGAGAAAAACGAAAAAUGAGCCAGAGCAAGAGGAAAAGGAAAUCAAAUCACUGGAUGAAGGUGAUAUUGCUCUGCUCAAAACCUAUGGCCAAGGACAAUACACAAAAACCAUCAAAACUGUUGAAGAAGACAUUCAGACAAUCAUCAAGCGAGUGAACGAACUUACUGGCAUUAAAGAAUCGGACACUGGAUUGGCUCCUCCAGCAUUGUGGGACUUAGCAGCUGAUAAGCAGACGCUGCAGCAUGAGCAACCGCUUCAAGUCGCCAGAUGCACCAAAAUCAUCAAUGCUGACAGCGAUGAUCCUAAAUACAUCAUCAACGUUAAACAAUUUGCGAAGUUUGUAGUGGACUUAGCCGAUUCGGUUGCCCCUACCGAUAUUGAGGAAGGCAUGCGAGUUGGCGUGGAUCGCAACAAGUAUCAAAUUCAUAUUCCGCUGCCGCCAAAAAUUGAUCCUACUGUUACAAUGAUGCAGGUGGAGGAAAAGCCUGAUGUAACGUAUAGUGAUGUGGGUGGUUGUAAAGAGCAAAUCGAAAAACUGAGGGAAGUCGUUGAAACACCUCUUCUACACCCUGAAAAGUUUGUAAAGCUUGGCAUUGAACCUCCAAAGGGAGUGUUAUUAUUUGGACCCCCUGGAACUGGAAAAACUCUAUGCGCUCGAGCAGUCGCCAACCGAACGGACGCUUGUUUCAUUCGCGUUAUCGGUUCGGAAUUGGUUCAAAAGUAUGUCGGAGAAGGAGCUAGAAUGGUGAGAGAACUUUUUGAAAUGGCUCGUUCAAAGAAAGCCUGUCUAAUAUUUUUUGACGAAAUUGAUGCUAUUGGCGGAGCGAGGUUUGAUGAUGGAGCAGGUGGAGACAAUGAGGUACAAAGAACUAUGUUGGAACUCAUCAAUCAGCUCGAUGGUUUUGAUCCGAGGGGAAACAUCAAAGUUCUGAUGGCUACCAAUCGGCCAGAUACUUUAGAUCCGGCCCUUAUGAGGCCUGGACGUCUCGACCGAAAAGUGGAAUUUGGUCUGCCCGACUUGGAAGGCAGAACGCAUAUUUUCAAGAUUCACGCCAGGUCUAUGAGUGUGGAGAGGGACAUUCGAUUCGAGUUGCUAGCUAGGUUGUGUCCAAACUCAACAGGUGCGGAAAUUCGGUCAGUUUGCACUGAAGCUGGUAUGUUUGCAAUUCGAGCGAGAAGGAAGGUGGCCACAGAAAAAGACUUCCUAGAAGCAGUUAAUAAGGUUAUCAAGUCUUAUGCCAAGUUCUCAGCAACUCCCAGAUACAUGACUUAUAACUAGUUGUCUUUUCAGUAUGUGCAUUCUUAAUAUGAAUUCAAUAAAUGAAUUACUAUUUA